CAGUGUAAAUAGAUGGGUUUUUAGAUUAACAAUAGUGGUACUUUUGUGAGACGGUUGGCAGUACCAGUACCAGCUGUGAGGUUUUGCUGGGUGUUGUCGUGUUGAUGUUUAAUUGAAGUCCCUUAUCAAAUCUACAGGGACUUGAUAAUAAUUUUGUGAAAGGGACUCCAAGACGUUCAUGCCGUUGUGAUAUUGGGACGUAAGGAAAAAUGUUGGUGUUAGUCUUAGGCGAUUUACACAUUCCUCACCGCUGCAGCAGCCUCCCGGCCAAGUUCAAGAAGCUCCUCGUCCCCGGCCGGAUCCAACACAUACUCUGUACGGGCAACCUCUGCACCAAGGAGUCGUUCGACUAUCUCAAGACGCUCGCCAGCGACGUCCACGUGGUCCGAGGAGAUUUCGAAGAGAACGCCAACUACCCGGAGCAGAAGGUGGUGACCGUCGGCCAGUUCAGGAUCGGCCUGUGCCACGGUCACCAGGUGGUGCCCUGGGGUGACCCCGAAGCCCUGGCACUCCUACAACGCCAGCUCGACGUCGACAUACUCAUCUCGGGCCACACGCACAAAUUCGAGGCGUACGAACACGAGAACAAGUUCUACAUCAACCCGGGAUCGGCGACGGGGGCAUACAACCCGUUGGAAGCCAACAUCAUACCAUCAUUCGUCCUCAUGGACAUCCAGAGUACUACAGUCGUCACCUAUGUCUACCAACUCGUCUCGGACGACGUCAAAGUCGAGAGGAUAGAGUACAAAAAAAACUGACUCAACCCCACAGAGACACUUUGUGAUACUCAAAUAUAAUAAAAAUAUAUAUAAUUUUGUAUUGUCACCUUAUUGUUUAUACUAGUUUUGAAUUGUAUUUAAAAUCCUUGAAUGUAAUGGGCGCAUUUAUGUUCAACAAAAUGCCUCCAGCUCUCGUACAUCUUACAAAACAAGUAUAAACGCAUUUAUUAUUUAAUUUAUAUAUAUUAUAUGUAAUUGAAAAUUUAUUAUGUACCAUUAUGUUAAAAAAAUGGUAACCAAAUAAAAUAGUUUUUCCAUAUAUCUUA